AAGAGAGAACCUGUCAGUCACCGGAGUCCUGUCGUCCUACGGUAGAGGAGAGAGAAGAAGAACGCUUAACCUCAGACUCCCGGGAAAACGACAUUGUUACCACUUGUUGUGGGUUUGUGGCACAUUUCUCACACCGAAUUAAGUUAUCAAAAGCAUGAAGGACGAAACAAGUGUUUUAGAAUAUUCUGAUGCGACCAUCGAGUCACGAGGGGCAUUGGUGCCAGUUCGUUUGAAAUUAAGUGACCAAGGUAUAACAUUUCGUAAUGUAAAGACAGGAAAAGUGGAAUCAUUUGCUGGUGGUGAUAUAGAAGUAGUGAAUUGGCAGAGGUUAGCUGGUGGCUAUGGACUACGAAUCUUUACAGAAAAUGGAAAUCUCUAUAGAUUUGGGGGUUUUAAGGAAUCAGAACAGUCAAAACUGGAGAAGUUCAUCAAGACCACUUACGGCAAAGUUAUGACUGAUAAGGAGUUUUCUGUAAAAGGAUGGAACUUUGGAGCUGCCAAAUUUGAAGGAGCAGCUCUCUCCUUUGAUGUCAGUUCCAUUCCAGCUUUUGAAAUCCCAUUAAAUCAUGUGUCUGGCUGCACAACAGGCAAAAAUGAAGUCACCCUAGAAUUCCAUCAGCAUGAUGAUGCUUCCAUCAACUUAGUCGAAAUGCGAUUUCACAUUCCUUCAUCGGAACUUGCUGGUGAAGAUCCAGUCGAGAGCUUCCAGCAGCGUGUUAUGGCCAAGGCUUCAGUCAUAACAGCUACUGGAGAUGCUCUUGCUAUCUUCCGUGAGGUUCAGUGUCUCACUCCUCGUGGUCGCUAUGAUAUUAAGGUUUACCCAUCAUUUAUUCAACUUCAUGGUAAGACAUUUGAUUUCAAGAUUCCUAUUCAAACUGUUCUUCGAUUGUUCCUGCUGCCCCACAUGGACCAGCGACAGCAUUUCUUUGUGGUGUCAUUAGAUCCCCCAAUCAAGCAGGGUCAGACUCGCUAUCCAUACUUGAUCUUACUGUUUGCCAAUGAUGAUGAUGAUCAAAUUGAAUUGCCUUUAACAGAAGAGGAAUUACAAGAGAAAUACGAAGGUCGAUUGGAGAAGGAGAUCAGUGGACCCCAGUUUGAGAUCAUCAGCAAGAUAUUCAAAGGGAUGUGCAACCGUAAAAUUGUAACACCUGGAAACUUCAUGGGUCACUCUGGAACACCAGCCAUCAGUUGUUCAUAUAAAGACUAUAUACAUUCUCAGGUUGAAAUUAAGAAUGGAGUCGUACAUACAUUCAGCAGCAUUGAAAAGGGGGAAUACAACCGUUUGUUUGACUAUGUCAAUCAAAAGAAACUACGAAUAAAGAACAGAGGCAAGAUGGAAAUGGGUGGCAAAAAUGAUGACUUCGAUGACAGUGAUGCUGAUGAGCCAGAUCCUUACAUGAGACGAGUUAGAGAAGAGGCCCAAGAACGUGAUGAUGGUGAUGAGGAGAGCAGUGACGAUGAAGAUUUUGCCCCAGGAGAAGAGGGCAGCGAUGUGGCUGAAGAAUAUGAUAGUUAUGCUGGUGACAGUUCUGACUCAGAUGAGUCUGAUGCGGGUUCUGGGUCAGAUGCGGGUGAUAGGAAGAAGAAGGAGAAGAAGAAGGAGCCAAAGAAAGCCAAAUCUAAGACUGUCUCCGAAAAGCCUCGCAAAAGGAGGCAAAAGAAAGAGAAGGAUGAGAAUAAACCCAAGCGUCCGCAAUCUGCUUACUUUCUGUGGUUGAAUGAGCACAGAGAUCAAAUUAAAGAGGAAAAUCCUGGAAUUACCAUUACAGAAAUAUCGAAGGUAGCCGGUAAAAAAUGGAAAGAGCUUGAAGACAAGAAAGAAUGGGAAGAAAAAGCAGCAGAGGCUAAGGCAGAGUAUGAGAAGGCUAUGAAGGAGUACAAAAUCUCAAGUGGAGGUGGUGCUUCAUCCCCAGUUAAGGCCAAGAACAAGCCUCCAAAGACAAAGAAACAACCGAAAGAGUCCCUUUCACCCAGAAAAGAUGGGUCAGGUAAAGGGUUCAAAUCCAAGGAGUACAUUGAAGAUUCAGGUGAUGACAGCAGCAGUGAUGACCGACCCCUGAAAAAGAAGUCAAAGAAAGAGGAAUCUGAGGAGGAAGAUGACGAGUCUGUAUCUGGAUCUGGAUCCGAGUAGAAGUCACAGUAUUCUCAUUGGAAUUCAAAUGGAAUUAAAAUGCUAAAUUUUUGUACCUUCAAAUGAUAGUGAACAAAAUUAUUUAUCCAUAGUUUUUAAGGCAUAUGUAUGUAUCAGUCACUUGAUAAAAUGUACAAUAAAAAAUUUUCAAUUUUAUUGUCUACCUUCAUGAGAAAGCAGUUAGUUGACCAUAGCUGUUUGAGACCAAUUGAAUAUACAAAGCUCACAAUCAAAUUGAAAUGUACAGUGAUGCUCAAAUCUCAUGCAACAUGACUCCAUAGGAUUUCGUUCAAAAUUCACUAAAUGGCAACUAGCAUGCUCCGCAUUUAUCUAUUAUUUCAAUGCGGAAACACGAUUAUUGCAUACAAUAUGGACAUAGUGUUUCAUAAGAGUGAAAUCUGUCAUAUAUGUCAAAACUGUAAGAAAAUGUCACGUGUAGCAAAUUUCAGAAAAAACACUUUCGAAACAUUUUCAAAACUCAUUCGCACAUCGCUGAAGCAUUUGACCAAAAUGAAGUCGUCAUCAAGCAUCAGUUCAAAUGUUAAAUAAAAAAUAAAAAAAAAAGGAAAAAAAAA